AUGGCGCUCGAGGACCGAGUAGCCUUACUGGGUGUGCUGCUGCUCCUCUCGCUGGCGAAUCAGGCUUUUGCGGCUACAAUCAGCCAGGCGCUGUUUGCUUCCAACAGCUCGCACGAGAUCGGUCACGCAUUGACUCAGCGCAGCCUGUUGCAAGCAGCCGGAACCUUCGUCUGCCCCGGCGUCGCCUUCGGCCUCUGCCCCUUCUUCGGGCUGGGCCAAUUCGGCAACACGAUCCCGCUCUGCUGCCCCGCCUUCAUCGGCUGCCCCACGACGCUCAUCGCCAUUCUGCUCAACUGCGCGGCGGCCACGGCCGUCCCCGGGGUGCCCACACCGCCCGUGACUGCACCCCCGGUCACCACUCCUCCAAUCACUGCUCCCCCCGUCACCAUUCCUCCCGUCACCACUCCCCCGGUGACUGCCCCCCCGAUCACGACCCCCCCGGUCACGAUCCCCCCGGUCACCGCGCCCCCCGUCACUACUCCGCCCACGUCCACUCGCCUCCCCGGUCCG